GUACACGUCCUGAUAGCAAUCAAGUAUCCUUUGCGUGCCAUAUAAUUUUUAAUAAUAUUUCCUCAACAUUAUUUGAUGUAGUACGGUUUCAAUGUGCUGUGUAAUCUAAGUAAAGAUAAGUUAAGAAAAUGUACACGCUUCUGUCAGCAGUAGUGUCAGCAGGUCUUAUUGUCUUAUCUCUUUGGCUUCGAUGGAGGUACAAAAAUAGUCGAUUAUUGGAAAUUGCUGCGAAGAUACCCGGUCCGCCCGUGGUGCCUCUAUUCGGAAAUUCUCUAAUGUUUAUGUGCAGAUCUGAAGAUAUUUUAAGUGUAAUGAAACAAAUAAUUACGGACCAUGGUGAAAUUAUACGAAUCUGGUUAGGUCCAGACCUGAACAUUGUGGUCACAAACCCCGACGAUAUAAAGACACUUUUAACUAGUCCCAAAACCAGUGUGAAGGGUCCACAGUAUAAAUACAUGGCGGAUGUAUUAGGAGGUGGUAUAUUGAGUGGAUCUGGGGUCACAUGGAGGAGACAUCGGAAGAUUGCAUCACCAAAUUACGGAAAGAAGGCUGUUGAGGGGUACACAAAAAUUAUCACUCAAGAAGUCGAUAUUUUACUUCUUAACUUGAACUCAAUACCGAAAGGAAAACAGAUAAAUAUUUACAAAGAAAUUGUGAAAUGCACCACAUAUACCGUAUGCCAAACUUUAUUAGGUUUUAACAGAGAGGAAACAUCAAAAAUUUCACAUCUUCAAGAAAUAAUCGAUUUAAGUCCACGAAUUUAUGAUAUCACGUUUAAAAGAAUGACGAAAUGGUAUCUGCAAAUAGAUCCUGUAUUUUGGCUGACAGAUUUACACCGUUUUCAAAAGAACUUCAUAAAAUUAAUGUUUGAUUUUGGAAAUGAUAUUAUCAACUGGCGUAAUAUGAAGCUAAUGGCAUUUAAAAACAACAAUAUUGAACGACCAUACUCGGAAGAUGAUAAUGUUAAUAACGAUGAAUUAAGUAUCGUGGAUCGAUUGAUACUGUCCAAUGAACUUAAUAAUGAAGAGUUGGUACAUGAAAUUUUCACUGUUUUUACUUCGAGUCAGGAAGCUUCCGCAAAAAUAUGUUCGUAUUUGCUUUUAAUGAUGGCAUUCCAUCCCGAGUCUCAGGAAACUCUAUACAAGGAAAUACAUGAAGUCAUUGGUGAUAAGGACAAGGAAAUAACUGAAGAAGAUUUCAAAAAAAUGCCGUACUUAGACAUGGUUUAUAAGGAGGUUUUAAGAUUGUUCCCUAUCGGUGCAAUAAUACAACGAACGAUUCAAGAGGAUAUUACUAUAAGUUCAUGUACAAUCCCCGAAGGCGCUUCUCUAGUCAUACCAAUUUAUCACAUCCAACGUCAUGAGCGGUUCUGGAAAAAUCCAGAAGCUUUUGACCCAGAUAGAUUCAACCCCGAGAAUUCAAAAUUUCGGCACCCCUAUUGCUAUAUACCAUUCAGUUUGGGCCCAAUGGAUUGUAUAGGGAGAUAUUUUGGUACAAAAUUAAUAAAAACUAUAGCUAUUCGAGUACUUCAAAAGUAUGCAUUAUCUUCUCAAAGCAGUUACAAUAAUCUGCGAUUGACAAUUUCUGUAUCUGUAUUCUCACUUGAUGGAUAUCCAGUUAUUUUGACACCGAGAAGUAAAUGAAGAUACAAAAUAUAAAGGUGUACAAAUACUAAAGUGUGGGACUGGGAAAGGGAAAAAACUUGUCGGAAUUGUAAAUAAUAUUUAAAAAUUAAAUUAAGUGUUAUUGUAAAACCUUAUUUGUAGUAACCUUUCGCUAAUACCUAA